GUCUAGUUCAAAUCUUUUAUUGGAUAACUAAAUUACAAGUCACCUCUUUUGAAUUGUAAUGUUAUUCCCGCAUCACUCCUUUCAGCUUUUGCGUCUUCUUUUCAGAUCAACCACGAAAAUAAUGUCUGCAAUGGAAGUUGAUCAAUCCUCCUCGAGCGUGUCUCCUGCGAAGGAACCCGUUGUAACGGGUAUUAUUUAUCCUCCUCCUGACAUUAGAAAGAUGAUCGAUAAAGCCGCUGCCAAUCUAUCCACAAAAGGCCCCGAGUUAGAGAAUCAUAUUAGGGAAACAAACAAAGACGGACGGUUCAAUUUCUUGCAUCCCAACGAUCCAUAUUAUGCUUAUUAUCGAUUCAAGUAUAAUGAAUUCAAGGAAGUUUCUCAAGAAACAAUACAAACAGCUGAAAAGCAAGAACCAGUUGAAGCAGUUCAAUCUGUUAGCCAGGCACCCAAAGAACCUGAACCCUUCGAAUUCUCAGCAACCAUUCCUGCCAUGUCGGCACAAGAUCUGGAUAUCAUGAAGUUGACAGCACAAUUCGCUGCACGAAAUGGUCGUGCUUUCAUAAAUCAACUUGCUCAACGUGAAUCCAGAAAUUAUCAAUUUGACUUUUUGCGUCCAUCUCACAGUUUAUUUCCUUACUUCACUGAAUUGGUUAAACAGUAUACGAAAGUUUUCUUACCACCUAAGGAUCUUCAAGAGAAAUUAAGGGCUGUUAAAAACAACAAAUAUCAGAUUUUGGAUAAAGUGAAGGAACGCGUUGAAUGGAAUGUUUGGCAAGAAGCAGAACGGAAGAAGAAGAGUGAUGAAGAUGAAAAAGAAAGAAUUGCUUAUGCUAGUAUUGAUUGGCACGAUUUUGUGGUUGUCGAAACAGUCGAGUUUACAGAUGUUGACGAACAAGCAGAAUUACCACCACCUAUGAGUUUGGCAGAGUUAGAAAGCAUGUCAUUAGCUCAGAAACGAUUAGCAGCUAUGCCUUCAGAGGCUUUAGCAGAAUUAGACAAAGAAGUGACAGAUGAAGGAUUAGACGAGGAUGUAGAGAUGGAACAAUCUGACGAAGAGCCGAUAGAACAUGCAGCCUCUACUGCUACAGCAGCUCCUCUACCUACACCAGCGAUGCCUAUCAAAAUUCGUACCGAUUAUAAACCCAGACUUCUGGGUGUUACUGCUGCUACAAAUAUUGCCAAGCCAACCGAGCUCUGUCCUCGUUGUGGUGAAGCUAUUCCUGUUGAUGAAAUGGCAGAACACAUGCGUGUAGAAUUAUUGGACCCCAAGUGGAAGGAACAAAAGAUGGCCAUGGAAAAUAAGAAUAGAGGAACUAAUUUGUUGGAAGGUGCAGAUGUUGCUAAGAAUUUGAAGAGAAUUACUCGUGUUCGUCCAGAUAUUUUCGGUGGUGCUGAAGAAACGGAUGUAAAGAAUAUCAUCAAAGAGAUGACCGAAGAGGCAAAACAAAAGGAAAAAGUUAUGUGGGAUGGUCAUACUGCCACUAUGGCAAUGGCUACACAGAUGGCAAAACAGCGAAAACCAGAUGACCAAGUCGUUGAUCAACCACCACAAAUUGGCCCUUUUCCACAUCAAGAGCUGCCUCCCGUAAUGGCUCCUCCCGGUGUGGUUCCACCUCCAGGUAUCGAUCCUUCCCAACUACCAGAGGCUCCUCCUGGUGUUGCUCCUGCACACCUACCUCCUCCUGCACCUCAAUCUCCCGCCAGCAAAAAACCUCGUACUUCUUAAUUUACCUAUCUCUUUGUACAUAAAUGAAAACAUUAUAUCCGUACUAUCUUUUUACUCUUCUCGCAAAAAAGUCCCAUUGUAACCAUUUCUUGAGGUUUAUUUACUUUAUGGUCAUUCUGCGACUAAAUACAAACAUUUCAUCUUUAACAAAAAAUAAGAGUAAAAUAUUUUCGGUAAUUACGUAAACAGUAACCAUACCACAUUUAUUUCGUCCAGGCGACUAUCUAGACAACACCCAAUUGUAGAAACAAAGAUG